ACGUCGCGCUUGUACUCCAGCUGCGCUAGACGGGGAGGAGAACUGCUAGUUAGUGCGCUGCCUAGCUCGACCGGAACAGGGCGUGAAUACUUCACCGGAAUCCAUGGCGAACGCCGGGCUGCGUGCGUACAGGGAGGUGCUGCGGCUGGUGCGGCGGCUGCCCGCAGACGCGCGGCCCUACUACGCCAAGUACGCCCGCGAGAACUUCGUCAACUACCGCCACCUCUCCGCCGACGACGACCUCGCUGCCCUCCUGCGCCGCGCGCACGCCCACUCCGCCUGGGUCCUGUCCAAGUACUCGAUCGACGCGGCGGAGGCGGCGGGGCGGCUCAAGGACGUCUGCGAGCAGCGUGGCGCGGAGUGAGGGGAAGCUCGUCCUUGCAGCCUACGGCGGUGCGUGCACGCUAGGUGUUCGGUGAAAUUACUCUUUAGCUUGGGUUUUGAACUCCUUAGCUGAGUUAGGUGGAUUGCCUAGUUCUACUUUUACUCAAUUGUGUGGUGCUUCCAUGCGUCCUUAUUUUCACUGCAUAAGUUGCCCAUUUCUAGUGGGGAAUAAGAUCAACAUUUUGCAUCUGAAUUCAUUUUGUCAACCCCGUGCUGUUCUAAACUCUGACAGACUAUUUUCUCCACUGCUCCUUGUUCCAGUAUUGCUGCCUUGGAAUUGCUCUAUUUGGUACCCAACAACAUGAAUCCCAUGUCUGUGUCUGUAAUGGAAUCAAGUUUUAGAAGUCAAUGAAAAGAAAGUCUGCAAAAUGAAGGAAAAAAAAACACAACUUGAAUCCCAGGUUUGAAUUAGGGACUUGUAGUGUGACAGACUAGCAUAGUGACCGAUAUAACUCACAAAUGUUGAGUAUAGUGAGAGCAGUCUUGCAAAAGAAUUCACCAUAUAACAGGGACACAAUUAACUUUCAAGUUCGAAAAGGUCAUUUAGUUUCAUAGUUUGUAUAAUGUAUUGUGUUUUCUUUGAACUGGCACCGUGACGGCGAAACAAACACUUGUGAUAAAAAAAGGUGUUACAUGUUAAUGGAAAUUAUUGACCCACUCAAAUACUUCUGGUGGCCUAAACAAUAUGCAUUUCCUGAGUUAGGUGUUCUACUUGAACCAAUGUCCAGGGCUACACGUUCGGUUGCUCAAAAAUGCAGUUUACUAUCAUAUUACUGAAUGAAAAUUUACCCCUUCUGGUGAUGGGCCGGCUGGUCUCGAUCGAGUCAGACCACUGGGCCUAGGGUUCUGGUUGGGCCCAUCCGAGGUGGAUUGGGGCAGUGGCGCGAGAGGAGGGGAGGAGAGGGGGCGAGCUCAGCCGCGGGGCUCGGAGGCGGCGCCUGUGUGCACUCAAUUGUGUUGCUUUCUUCUACUGAUGAAUACCAUGUACUGUUGCUCUUGAGCAUGAUUUGCAUUCUCGGAUAUGCUACAGGACAAGGAGCACAACCGAGACUCACACCACGAGCACAAUUUCAACGUAGUACACAUAAGAUAUUUCAUACUUAACAGCAAGAUCUUCAUCUUUACUAAUUUAAACUACAGUUGCAGAUUACACAUAUGUUUGAACAUUAUAUUGGCUAUGUGGUUGCAGGAAAGAGUUGGCAGAAGUCCAGCGGAGGUGGUUUGACUGGCAUGGCCUAAAACCAUUAAGUUUUGCUGCACAGAAGCACUACUUGUGUCCUUAGUAUUUAUGAAUAAUGAUGUAGUGUAACAUAAUUGUGCAUGUUAGCAGACUCGCAUGUGUUUGAAGUUCUGCAGUACAUGGCAAGUAAAUGCUACAGAAUCUGGACAAUGACAGCUGUCAAUAGCAAAUUAACAACUGGAUGAUUUUGAAUGCUUGGCACAAAUUCGAUGAUAUAUAUAUAUCUGAAUACUCUUUAGAUAUCCAAAGAUCAAACUCGAAUGUUUUCGUAAAAACUUCCAUAACGUGUUUUACUAAUAAAAUGGAAAGUGUAAUGAUAUGACAAGUAGUGAAAACUUUGUUGUACACAACAAGCAGCAAUUUGCCAGCUAACUGAGAGGUUUGCAGCUAGAAGAUUUACUAGGACUCAGAAGUUCCUGGCUUUGUGCUCUUUCCACUGUUCAUUGUCCAGUUGAAAAAUUCUUCAACUUCUGCAGCUUCAUUUGGCUGUGGUAUUUCAGCCAUUAGGAGCUUCACAGCAAACUCGAUGCUCAAAUCCCGUUCAGACUCUCCAUACAGAGAUGCCAAAGCAGAUUCUGCACUUGAAAGGUCAUAAAUUCCUGCUCUAGUGUCUUGAUUCAGACCUGAAAAUACUUCAGGGUGAAACUCUGCUUUGCCUUUCUGGGGAGGAACAGUGAUCUGGAAUAGAUCAAUGGCAGCAGCAGUAUCAGUCAUUCGAACACCAGCCCACAGUGUUGAAUUCUUUCCCCUAGUGCGGGCUGAACGCUUUCCGUGCUUCCUAGGAUACAUAAGUUUGGUGUUGUUUGAUUUUGCUGUUGAGUCUCCUGAGCAGGUUGAAUGAACAUAUGUAGUUUCUAUAUCCUGUUUGUCUUGUUUCUGUUUGCCUGACUUUCUAGAAAUGCUAUUGCCUUUCACUCCAUUAUUUACAUGUUGCAAGGAGCAUCUAGGGGGAGUCUCAUCUGAUGAAGUCAAUUUUACAGGCCUGCAGCUGCUAAACCCUUUAGAGGCUAGUUUGUGUUCUGUAUUAUUUUCAGAAUCUCUUGAUACUCCUGGAAAAAAACGCAAACUGGCUUCUAAUCAUUCACAUGCAGACAAGGUAAUGUAUGUAACUGCAAACAUUGAGGGAAACUGAAUGUGGCAUUAAUGAAAUUUAAAGAGACAACAAUUCGAGAUGAGUAAUUAAUCUAUAGAACAUUUUUAUAGUGUUCCACUUGUUCCUAGGAGGUAAGAUGGGUAUUUCCCAAACUGCAUAUUACAAGGUUAAGUUUGGCCAUAUAAAUAGUCUACAUACAGAAGUUUACUUGUCAUAUUGAGUUGGGGAUGCUUUAGUUGAUCUAAUAAGCGCUUUGGAAUAUAUCAAGGAUUUGUGAUUUUCAGUCAAAAGGAUUUGUGGUCAGCCAAACUCGUUUGCAUACAUGGAAUAAUUUUUCUUUUCUCUGACCACAUGGAUUGAUUAAAAUAAAUAGUUUCUCUUAAUAAGAAAACAAUAAUUAUAUUUUGUGCUUGUUUUAUUGGGUUCUAAAGAUACUCCUGUUGUCAGACAUUUCUCAUAUCUCAUGCCUUAGUAAGUUAUUUCUGUUACAGUAAUAAUUUAUAUGCAUAUUAAAAUUUUGUUUUCUCUCACCUCGAGUAUUCCAACUUUUAGUAUCUUUGACAGUGAACAUAUAGGCUGACCCUAAUCUGGAUGUUGAUGGCAAAUUGAUUAAUGUUGCCAUCCUUAUUAUUGAUAAACAUGGAAGAAAAUAUUUGUUUGCUAUUCCAUACUUUCCAGAGCUACUUGAAUAAAAGGGUAAAUCACCAAUAAUUUUACAAUCAUGAUUUAGUUGAAGGUUUGACUCAUGGCUUUCCUUAUUUGUUACAGGUAUAAGACCUGGAAUGUAUGAUCUUUAAGGUGUUCUAACAUUCAAUUGGGUUCUGGCAAAACAUCCACAAAGAAGAAUCAACAGGUUCUGAACAUCAUGCAAAACUCACACCAGUCUCUAGAAACAUGGCAGCAAAAAGAUACAUCAGGGAAUUUCCAUAUCCUAAGAAGCAGGGAAUGCGUUCAGCCCGCCCUAGGGGAAAUAAUUCUUCACCUUGGGUACUGCCUGAGGGGUUUCUGAAUUCUCAAAAUGAACUAAGCAAGCAUGGGAGUGAUCAAAACAUUGGUUCAAAGAAGCGGGUAUUCACUGAAGGAGGUAACUCCACAAGCAUUGUACCCAAAAAGGAACUCAAGUUAAUGACAAAUAGCUGUCAAUAUGACAAUGUUGAACUCCAGGGGACAAAAACAGACAUCGGAGAAGGCAUAGAUCCUAAGAGCCGUGGAAAAUGGUCAAUCCAGCCUAGGGGGAAGAAACCUGCAUCAUUUGUGUCACUGGAUGGGCUUCAUAGGUUUGAAAGGGAGCUAAAAAAGCAUGUGAAUGACCAAAUAGGUUUGGCCUCUAUAACGGUACAGAAAGUAAAGGAGAACAAUGAUGAUGCUGUUGAGCAGGCCAUUGCACCAAUGGUUCUUACUUUAGCUGAGGUGAAGGGGGUCAUUGGUAAUGCAGAUAAGAACACAUGUGUUCCAACUACUAAUACUUUGGAGGUCGGAGAGAGCAACAAACAAGAUGUAAUUGCAACAGAACAGAUGGAUGUCGUGAUGACUGAUACCACAUAUGAGUUCAUGGUGAGCAAUGGUACAGGUACGAAGUGUGUGGUGCAGGACUCCGACUUGUGGACUAACACUUUAGCUGAUUUGAAUUUGAGCAAUGGCGCUUCUAUCAAUGCUGCGCAGACUGCUGUUUUGACUAGUGAUGUUGUCUAUUCCCAGCAAGGCAAAAGAAACAUUGAAGAUGUUCAACCCACAAUAUUUCCAGACCUAAAUCUAGACACUGGGGCUGUAGAUUCUGAUAUUUCCGGUGCAGAAUCUCUCGCGUCUGUAUAUGGACUGUCUGAGAGAGACCCAUGUACCAAGUUUGCUAUCAAGCUUCUAAUAUCUGAAAUACCACUGCCAAAGGAAGCUGCAGAAGUUGAAGAAUUUUUCAGCCAGAAGAUGAGUAAUGAGAGAGCACAAUAUAGGGCUCCUUGAGUCUAAGGAAAGCUGUAAGCCUCUUAACAUCAAAGGUUCCAAAAAAUAAGUAACACCUGAUCAGUUGGCGAAACCUGAUAGUAAGAUUUAAUGUGCAUGCAGGAUUAGCCAAUCGGCUGAUGAAUUGUUGUUUGGUGUGUACAACAUUGCGUACUGGAGUGAAUUGUUGUUUAGCGUGUGUACAACGGUGUGUACUUGUUCUUUCUGUUUGCAUCUUAUCAUGCCAUGAGAUAAUAGCUGGAAAUGGAAGGGUAGUAGAGAUA